AACAGACAAAUCAAUAUGGCCGACUUUUACCGGUUGGUUUGACUGUUUUGAUAAAUUGAUCGAAAUAUCAAUUCUGGUUACAUAAAGAGGCUCUGGAUUAUUUUAAUAACUUGCUAAUACUUGUGCUUACAAUUUUAUAAAUAAUUAUGGAAGCGCUUAUACCGGUUAUCAAUAAGUUACAAGACGUUUUCAAUACUGUUGGAGCAGAUGCCAUUCAAUUACCUCAGAUAGUCGUUUUAGGAACUCAGAGCUCUGGCAAGAGUUCUGUGAUUGAAAGUUUAGUGGGACGCUCAUUCCUGCCACGGGGCCCAGGCAUUGUCACCCGGCGCCCUCUUAUCUUGCAACUAGUUUACAGUCCCAAAGACAGUAAGGAACAUCGCUCGGCUGAAGAAGGUACAGUAAACUUAGAAGAAUGGGGAAAAUUCCUUCACACAAAAGACAGAAUCUUCUCGGAUUUCGAUCAAAUAAGACAGGAAGUGGAGAAAGAAACGGACCGCAUGGCUGGCAACAACAAGGGCAUUUGUCCCGAACCCAUCAACCUCAAGAUCUACUCUACGAGGGUAGUCAACCUCACGCUAGUCGAUCUCCCUGGCAUCACCAAGGUACCAAUAGGUGACCAGCCGGAAGAUAUCGAGAAUCAAAUUAGGAACCUUAUCAUCAAACACAUUUCCAACCCCAACUCAAUUAUUUUGGCUGUGACUGCCGCUAACACUGACAUGGCGACGAGCGAAGCCAUCAAGAUGGCUAAAGAAGUGGACCCUGACGGCAGGAGGACUCUGGCUGUGGUUACUAAACUAGAUCUCAUGGAUGCUGGCACUGACGCGAUUGAUAUCCUCUGCGGACGCGUCAUCCCGGUGAAACUCGGCAUCAUCGGCGUCGUCAACCGAUCUCAACAAGACAUAAUCGAUAAGAAAUCGAUUUCGGACGCGUUAAAAGACGAAGCAACCUACCUCCAAAGGAAAUACCCGACUAUAGCGACGCGGAAUGGAACGCCGUAUUUGGCUAAAACACUUAACAGGCUUCUUAUGCACCACAUAAGGGACUGCCUGCCUGAACUGAAGGUGCGCGUGAACGUAAUGAUAUCCCAAUUCCAAUCCUUGCUCAACUCAUACGGCGAGGAUGUGUCGGACAAGUCUCAGACGCUUCUGCAAAUCAUCACAAAGUUCGCCAGCGCUUACUGUUCCACUAUCGAGGGCACGGCGCGGAAUAUUGAAACAACUGAGCUGUGUGGAGGCGCCAGGAUCUGCUAUAUUUUCCAUGAGACUUUUGGAAGGACAUUGGACUCUAUACAUCCGUUAGUUGGACUGACACGCAUGGACAUUCUGACUGCAAUACGUAACGCGACGGGCCCGCGGCCAGCAUUAUUUGUUCCCGAGGUCUCGUUCGAACUUCUAGUCAAGCGGCAGAUCAGACGGUUGGAGGACCCUUCACUGAGAUGUGUUGAACUGGUUCACGAAGAAAUGCAGCGCAUCGUGCAGCACUGCGGCACCGAGGUGCAGCAGGAGAUGCUGCGCUUCCCGCGCCUGCACCAGCGCAUCGUGGACGUCGUCACGCAGCUGCUGCGCACGCGCCUGCCCGCCACCAACUCCAUGGUGGAGAAUCUGGUGGCCAUAGAACUAGCGUACAUAAACACGAAGCACCCAGACUUCCACCGCGAGGCGGCGCUAGUGUCAGGCCUUCUCAAAAGCACGGACAGUCUCAUAGACGAAAACAGCCCGUUGUUCCGGCAGAAGACACCGCGCGCCACCCCAUCGCCGGUAUCCACAAUGUUCAAACAUGUCGCGGCGAUUACAGAUGGCCAAGAAAACAAAUCUCCCACUCAACCAGCUAUUAUGGAAUCCCCAAAUACUCCACAGGUGAACGGCACCCCCGAGAAUAAAGUGUUGACGCCGCAGAAGCCCGUCAACUUGCUGCCCGAGGUGCCUUCGCAGACCUCGCGCAAACUCUCCGACCGCGAGCAGCACGACUGUGACGUCAUCGAGCGGUUGAUUAAAUCGUACUUCUACAUCGUGCGCAAGUCGAUCCAGGACUCCGUUCCGAAGGCUGUGAUGCAUUUCUUAGUGAACUACGUGAAAGACAACCUGCAGUCUGAGCUGGUGACGCAUCUGUACAAGUCGGACCAGGCAGAGAGUAUGCUCAACGAGUCCGAACACAUCGCUCAGAGGAGGAAGGAGGCUGCGGACAUGCUCAAGGCACUGCAACGCGCCGGGCAAAUCAUUAGUGAGAUCCGAGAGACGCACAUGUGGUGAUGGUCGCCCGAUCGCAGAGACUCUAGUCCAUAAAUUAGUGAAUUGAGCCGCAGGCUCUGUACAUACGCCUCUAAAAUUAUGUGCAUUAGGUCCUUUUUUUACUUACAGAGUUUUACACAUCACAUACAUUUGCUUUUAGCUCCUUUUCUGCAGCUCUCUUUUAUAAGUAUUAAGUAUGUUCGUUGUUCCCGACCGUUAAAUGAUUUCAUCGUGUAAAUUAAACCAAAAAUUCGAGUCGAAGCAGAAGGUAGAAGCAAAUGCAUGUUAGUUGUAGUUGACAUUUAAACGGUGCAUUGCAUGCUUGAUUCGGGGCUUUUGUCAAGUCUCCGUGUUUUUGGUGAUGUCAUUAUGUAGACUGUUAUUGAAUAGUAUGUACUUACUUGGAAAUGAAAUGUUUGUAUAUUCGACUGUAAGAUACAGUGCCAAUAUUUUUUCUUCAACUUUAUCGUUAGACUUUGAAACUAAUGGUCGAAGCUACUUUAUUAUUGCACAAAAUAAUGCUGUUUUGACUUCAGUUACCAUUUUUCAAUAAUAUUUAGUGUUAGGCUAACUUUGAAGUGUACUCAAUAUAACGUGUAGUUAAUCCAGUGAUAUUACUUGUAACUCGUAACCUCACUGUAUUGGUAUUUUCGAUUACCCAUUACGCUAUUUUACGAUAUUUUAUCUUAAAACGUCUGCAUAGGCAUCAUUGAUACGAUUGUGUAUCGAUUUAUUUAGGACGAUAGCUUUUUGCAUUCACAGGGUUGGUUGUUUUAGUUAUGUUUGCGUCUGACAGCGACUAGGUGUAGUUAAAUUUAAUCGUGCAGUAUGUUCUAUGAUAUAGUUCCUUUUUUAAUAAGUUAGUUGCGAGUUUGCAUGCUGUGUUAUCUUUCACACACUGUUUCGAGUCAUAUUGUGUCAUUGUCCAGGCUGAAAGUGAUUUAUUUAUAUUUAACAUCAAUUUAGAGUAGCGAGUAUUCCAAUGCAAUGUUACAAUGUAUUUAUUGUUAGUGCGAGGUGUGAUUUGCUUUAUGUAUCAAACGAAACCAAUUGAAUGUUACACGAGGUAAGAUUGUAUUUAAAAGUCUGUUAAUUAUUAAAAUAGAUUCAUUUUA